AUGUCCCAUCCGCCGGACACUCGCGACUCAAUGGAGUUUGACGAGACUCAACUGGACAUAGGGGACCAGUUCGAGAGUACUUCUGGACCCAUUGAUCAUACUGGUGAAGUCAGUUUGUCGUCAAAGUUUCCAGAAUCAUCAUCUUUACCAUCCCACUCAACUUCCAAGCAAGACAAUUAUAGCCGCUCUUCCGAGUUCCAAGACAACCAUUCGUCCUCUGCUGAGUCCAGUGCAUUCAUAUCUCACCCAGAAGCACACUCGUCUGAUUUGGACCUUUCUAAUGUCACGGAUAUGGAUUCCAGUCUCACAAGCAUGCGAGAGUCGCUCGCUCAACUUCGGGUAAAUUCUCCCCAGGAUAAAUCGGAUGUUUCGCCAUGGCGCCGACUACGCUCAGCACAACCGCUACCGUCCGCUCCAAAGUUUGCACUCCUGGCGGGUGCUCCUCGGCUCGAGCCGCCAAACCUGAAUCGGGUUGAAUUGAGUCGAUUUUCUCCACAAUCUAAAUUUGGACCUGGAUAUGGACCUUCCCUGUCUGGAUCUGGACCUUCUUAUGAACCUCUGUAUGAACCUCAUCUGUCUUUGGCUGAUCGGUGGAGCCCCACAAAGCCGGUCAGAAAUGGAUUCGACGCUUCCGUCAACUCGGUUUCUCGCAUAGACGAACUCACAAAACAGAUUACAGACUAUCGCAUACAAAUACGGCUCUUACGACAAUUUAUUCACCGCUUGGUUCAGCGGCUUCGCGACGACGGAAAUGGUUUAGAUGUCGCUGAGCAGUCGUUUGUUCAAGAAUUAGCGUCGCCCACCUCGGAACUUGCUGGCCAUGACGAACGGUUUGACGAAAUCUUGAAGCUCAACGAGGACCUCUAUGCCAGUCUUGAGGCUUUCGAAGCACAGAUCCGUGAAAAAGACAAGGAUAUUGAAAACCUCAAGUCGACAAACUCACAGUACGAAAAUGCUUUGGACUCUAUUAUACGUGAACACGGCCAAACUCCGCCUUCUUCUAUUUCCGAAAGGGUGCUGAUGCUCAGAUUGGCUAUCCAUGAACAUUUACUGGGUUCCAUGGCCAAGAUAGAACAGCUAUUGAAUAGCCAGAACGACGAGAUCGCAGCCUUGAAUGCACGGCUCAAAAAAGAAGCGGCUUCUGCUGAAUCGGCACAGGACAACAUGCGCCAAAUCAUUGAGAAAGUUAGUGCUUUGGAGGAACCCAAUUCAAGUAUUUUAGAUGCAGAUGGUGAAGAUGUUCAAGCAGCAGUAUCCAAACGUCUAGAUCGUCACCACUCGCUUGUGGAAAAACUUACUGCGGAACUUGAAACUUUUCGUGCUCAAGUAGCUUCGGAAGGCUCAAGAGAAAAGGAGAGAGAACUUGAAGAAGCCCUCAAGUUAGCAGUGCUGCAAUUCGAAGCUCAGGAAGAAGAAUCACAACAAAAAAUUGCAGCACUCAAUUCUCAAAUUGCAAGCUUACGUCUGCUGAUCACAAAGCUACGUGAUGAAGAAAGUAGAGAUCUUCAAACAAAACAAGAGCUUGAAAAAGCGGUAGAGAAACAGCGUGUAUUGCGAGCAGAAAAGGUCCGUCUUAGUCACCAGGUUCAAUCGCUUCUCGAAGAUAAAGAAUCCGCUACUUCGACCAUUGAACAAUUGAAGAAGAAGCUCUCAACCUAUAAGUCGCGGAGUGCCCUGCCUGAUACUAAUAGCGAACAUCAACUUGUUCAAUUCGAUGUUGAACAAUUUCUGAAAAUGUUAACAUCCUUUGAGAAAAUCGCCGAUGAUUCCUCUUUGAAAGAUCCCAAGAAACACUUUCAUAACCUUCAGCAAGCAACCUUCCAUGGUCUGGCUACCGAACUUCUUCCUAGUCAUCGUUUCGUGUUCAAAUAUCUUUCUCGAGCUGUGGAUGUGCUCGUCAACGACCAUGUAAAGCUUCUUCUCAAAGAAGCAGAAGUCAGCCAACUGCACAACGAUUAUGUGACUAAACUACAGAGACGAAUUGACGAGCUUAGCCGUGCAAACGACUCGCUCUCUAAGCAAUUAGAUGAUUUGGAAGAAGGUCAAUCUGCCGUAUCAGAUUCAACAAUGACAUCACCGCGAGCCAAACUCAGAAUUGACGAAUUGGUAUCACGCUGGAAAGCCGAACGAGAAGCUCGUGUGUACGAGAACAGAGAAGCGUCAAGAAGGGUCAAGGAACUAGAAAUUGAAAACGCCAAGCUCCGGGCCGAACUUCAUAGGUCGUAG